UGGAAAAGCAACAGCCAACAGGCCAUCCUACAGCCAUGUCUCCAUCUUCAAUACCACAUCCCAAUUUCGGCUACCCACAUUCCUACUUUUGUCCUGUUCAACAAAUAAAAAGAUCCUGAAUUUCGGCCUAAAUUAAAAUUCUCUAGCUUAAUUUUAAUUUUCCCUCCAUAAACCCAUGAUUAUCUCAGCCAUUGGUUCAAUACCCAUCAGUUAUCUCAACCAUUGGUCACAAAUUUGCUGGAAAAACUAUCUUUUUUUUUCAAUUUUAAUUUUAUAGUUGCAGCUUUGAUUUUCUUCGGCAUAGUAUUUUUCUUGGUUUUGUGGAGCCCAGCACACUACUAACUGCUAAGCUCUACAUCACUUUCUGUUAAUGGGGUUCCUAGAAAAUGCUACAAUUCUAGUAUUUUUCUAUAAUAUUCUAAGUUUCUAACUAUCCCAAGUUUGAAGGGUAUUUCCAUUUCUCCAGUUGGGGUGGUUUCAGAGAACUUUGCUGCUAUUACUGGCAAUAGAUAGGCAUUUUUGCAGUGAAUUCUAUAUUGUUUUAGCUUUUGGGUAAUUGAACAAACUAUGGAAUCAGUACUUACUUUCAGGGUAUUUCCUAGUUUCCCUAAAAGUUUAGGGUAUAGACCUGGGUUUGGAGGUAGAGUUAUGUGUAAUCUAGGUGGUGAGAAUUCAACAGUUUUGUACCCAGAUAGUGUUAGUGUGAAUGGUGCUUCUGUUGUUAAGGAAAUUGAGAAAGUUGGGUCUGCAAUUGCUGGAGUAAAUGGGCAUGUAGGAAGCAUUGGUGGAGGGAAAAGAAGAGGCAAGGAAGUAGAUUCUAAACAACUAGAAGUGUUAUGGGAUGAUGGGUUUGGGUCUGUAAGUAUGAAGGACUAUCUUGAUAUUGCUAAAGAGAUGAUCAAGCCGGAUGGUGGACCGCCUCGGUGGUUUAGCCCUGUUGAAUGUGGCCGCCCUUUGAAGGGUUCUCCUUUGCUUCUGUUUUUGCCUGGUAUGGAUGGUGUUGGGUUGGGUCUCAUUUUGCACCACAAGGCCCUAGGAAAGGUAUUCGAGGUACGGUGUUUGCAUGUUCCUGUUUAUGAUAGGACACCAUUUGAAGGGUUAGUGGAAGUCGUUGAACGAGUAGUUCGGGAGGAGCAUGCUUCAUCUCCAAACAAGCCCAUUUAUCUGGUCGGUGAUUCCCUUGGAGGAUGUCUAGCUCUUGCUGUUGCUGCUCGUAAUCCGAUGGUUGACUUGGUUUUGAUACUUGCUAAUCCUGCAACAUCACUGGAGCGAAGCCAGCUUAAACCUUUGUUUCCUAUCUUGGAGGCAUUGCCGGAUGAGCUUCACAAUGCAGUUCCGUAUCUCCUUAGUUUUGUUAUGGGUGAGCCUGUGAAGAUGGCAAUGGCCAAUGUUGACAAGAAGCUUCCUCCUAGUCCAAUGCUUCGGCAAUUGUCUGAGAAUCUCACUGCUUUGUUGCCACGGCUUUCUGUUAUAUCUGAUCUUAUUCCCAAGGACACACUUAUUUGGAAGCUUAAGCUGCUGAAAUCAGCUGCUGCAUAUGCAAAUUCUCGCCUGCAUGCUGUCAAAGCUGAGGUGCUAAUGCUUGCUAGUUUAAAGGACAACAUGCUUCCUAGUGGAGAUGAAGGAAAAAGACUUUCGAGGUUGCUGAAAAAUUGUGAAGUUCGAACCUUCAAAGAUAAUGGGCAUACACUUUUGCUGGAAGAUGGCAUCAAUCUACUCACUGUCAUCAAAGCCACUGGAAAAUAUCGUCGUUCAAGAAGGCUUGAUUAUGUCGCUGACUUUGUACCUCCGAGUCUGUCAGAAUUCAAAUUUGGGUUUGAUCAAUACAGUGGAUGGCUUCAGUAUUAUGCCAGUCCUGUGAUGUAUUCAACCUUAGGAGAUGGAAAGAUAGUGCAAGGUCUCAGUGGAGUGCCCAGUGAGGGUCCUGUCAUAUAUGUUGGUUAUCAUAUGUUGAUGGGUUUGGAGCUCUCUGGCCUUGUUGAAGGAUUUUUAAGGGAGAAGGAAAUCAUGGUUAGAGGUUUAGCUCACCCAGCAUUAUUUGCUUCAAGCUCGUCAAACAAUGAAUUGUCAUCUUUUGAUUACACAAGAGUAUUUGGUGCGGUACCUGUGACUGCCAGCAACUUAUUUAAAUUGCUUUCAACAAAGUCACACAUACUUCUUUAUCCUGGUGGAGCACGCGAGGCUCUGCAUUACAAGGGUGAAGCAUACAAGUUAUUUUGGCCUGACCGGCCAGAAUUUGUACGGAUGGCUGCAAAAUUCAAUGCCACAAUUGUACCUUUUGGAGUUGUCGGGGAAGAUGAUGUAGCAGAGUUGGCCCUCGACUACAAUGAUUUGAUGAAAAUCCCUGUGGUGAAUGAGCUUGUUCGACAAAAUGCUAAUGACACAGUGAAAGUGAGGAACAUCGAUGAAGGGGAGGUUGGGAAUGAAAACCUCUUCAUUCCGGGACUUCUUCCCAAGAUACCUGGCCGCUUUUACUAUCUCUUUGGUAAGCCGAUUGAAACGCAAGGGAGAGAGGAACUUCUUAAAGAUAAAAAGAGUGCAGAAGAAUUGUAUAUGCAGAUUAAGUCUGAAGUAGAAUCAAAUAUAGAUUAUUUACUGAACAAGAGAGAAGAUGAUCCUUACAGAAGUAUUAUUGACAGAACCAUUUAUCGGUUGUUAUCUACCCCUGCACACGAUGUGCCUUCAUUUACCCCAUAAACGAAGAGGGGACUAAAGAUAAAAUUACAUUCGUAAUAAGGUGUAACUUCGUUAUCAUCGACAUCGGGUGUAAAUUCGGUAUCAUCGACAUUCCAUGAAGCAAAGAUUAACUGCGACAUGAUUCAAUAUCAUCGCAAUUCAUUCAAUCGACCAAAGAAUAUUUAGAACAAUAUAAGGGGAAGAAAGAUGAAAGAGAAUAACUUCAUAUCUGGGAAGCAUUCUCUUUACAUUGUAAACUCAGACGAAAAUAUAAUAAUUAAAAUUUGAAUUUGAAUUUCAAAUGGGUUGAAAAAUUUCAAGCUGACUAGGAUGUGACUGGGACAACAGUGACCAUUAGAAGCCAAGGGUAAGCUGAGUGGACUUACAACAACGUAACACUACUCAAGGUAUGAAUUAUGAUUGCCUUAAAUAACACAUACUUUAAUUGUAAAAUUGCUCUAGAAUAUUUUGUUAUUUUUUUAAAAAUAAUUUGCGUGUAUUGUGUUGGGAAUUAACAUAUACAUAAUAUAAUUUAAGAAUAAUCGAGGUAUGAUUUCAUGA